AUGCCUCCCCGUCAGCGUGCACGUACACCGGAGACCCCGACGAAUGAACAACUUGCCCAGAAUCUGCAACAGCUUACGCAGACUAUGCAGACCCUCAGCGAGGCGUUGUUGCACAACAACCAUCCCGUGCCACCUCCACAGCCUGCCGGGCAUAGGGAUAUAGGACGCCUUGUGUCGAGCCAUAGACCUCUGACGUUCGCGGGCGAGGAAGACCCCGUUGUUCUUGAAGAGUGGGUGAGGACGUUUGAGAAGAUCUUUUCUGUUGUUGGAUGCCCAGAGGAGCGGCGAGUGGAGCUUGCGACGUUCUACUUCAGCCACGAGGUCGACUUGUGGUGGAUACAUGAGGGUCCAGCUUGCCUCGAGGAGCCUGGCUUUGAUUGGACUGCCUUGAAGGAUCGAAUGCGUGAGAGGUUCUAUCCGGCGCAUGUUCGAGCCGCAAUGUACGAGGAAUUCCUUCAUCUUCAACAAGGUUCUUCAUCGGUGGUUGAGUACCACAAGAAGUUUCUAGAGCUCGCACGCUUCGCCCGGAUGCUUGUCCCUACCGAGCUCGCCAAGGUUGAGAAGUUCGUAGCCGGCUCGAACUACGAGGCGCGAAAGGCCUUAACCGUGAGUAGGCCAAGUUCUUUGAAGGAAGCAUAUGUGAGUGCCGCGGACUUGUACCGGGUACAGCAGCUACAGCGUGGAUCCUAUGAGCUCGCAAGGAAAAGGACCGAGAGUGGAGGAUCUUCCAACUUCAAGAGGCCACGACAGAACUUCCAAGCCAAGAAUGCACCUUCUCCAACCCAAGGACCAACACGAGCGGAGCCCGGAGGUCAAGUCAAGACGUUCGCGUGCCGAAGAUGUGGGAAAGUGCAUGCGGGCCAGGAUUGCAAUGGCCAAGCGUUUUGGUGUUAUCGUUGCGGAGAUAGAGGGCAUAAGAUCACCGAGUGCCCUCAGUAA